CUUUCUUUCUUUUCGCAUCAAUGCGCAUCCGUGGCUGCGCCCCUCCACGGGUCAAGACAACUAUGGACACCUCCCCAUGCAAUUUACAAACUGCGGCCCCUAAAAUCUAGUACCGGGAGUCUCUAUUCACGUGAGAAUCUGCACGUAGCUUUCAGACUCAGCCCCGCAGAGAUCCAGCCCUAACCGGCAGAUGGCCAACAGUGCAACGAAACAUCACAGAUAGGACGAACCACCUCUCUCACCCCGCGUUCAUCCCCUCGCCGUUAACUCAACCGAGUCCGUUUGAGCUGGGACCUCAGGAGGACCAAAACGACCGGGGGACACAUCUCCGCUAACUCGCAGGAUGCGCUCGUUUGGGAUGGAGCUGCCAUGUUGGUGCUUACUGUUGCUGAGCUGCCUGGAGUCGCUCUCAGCCGGCAAUGACUUCUUCACCUCCAUAGGCCAGAUGACAGAUCUGUUGUACACAGAAAAAGACCUUGUCACCUCUCUAAAGGACUACAUUAGAGCAGAGGAGAACAAGCUUGAGCAGGUCAAACGGUGGGCUGAUAAGUUGGAUUCAUUGACAGCCACAGCCACACAAGACCCCGAGGGCUUCCUGGGGCACCCUGUGAAUGCCUUCAAACUGAUGAAGAGGCUGAACACAGAGUGGGGGGACCUGGAGAGCCUUGUCCUCAGUGACACCACUGAUGGAUUUAUUUCUAACCUGACCAUCCAGAGACAGUACUUCCCUACAGACGAGGAUCAGACUGGGGCUGCUAAAGCUCUCCUGCGGUUACAAGACACAUACAGACUGGAUGCCAACACUAUCUCUACAGGAGACCUUCCAGGAGUCAAACAUAAGAGCCAUAUGACAGUGGAGGACUGUUACGAGCUGGGGAAAAUCGCCUACUCUGAUGUCGAUUACUACCACACAGAGCUGUGGAUGGCCCAGGCCCUAAAACAGCUUGAUCAAGGAGAGGAGUCCACUUUAGAUAUGGUGACAGUGCUUGACUACCUCAGCUAUGCCAUCUACCAACAGGGGGAGAUUGAGAGAGCCCUGGAGUACACCAAGAGGCUCCUUGAACUGGACCCAGAGCACCACCGGGCCAAGGGCAACCUGAAGUACUUUGAGUUCCAGUUGGAGAAGCAGAAAAAGGCUGUGGAGGAGGACGCUAAAAAACAGAAGGAGCGAGGGAAAAGACAAACAAGUGAGAAAAAGAAGAAGCCCAAAAAGAAGGUCACCAAUCAGCUGAUCCCAGAGAGGAAGAAGUAUGAGAUGCUUUGUCGUGGGGAAGGCAUCAGAAUGACCCCCCGAAGGCAGAGCCGUCUGUUCUGUCGUUACUAUGACAACAAUCACAACCCCAAGUAUGUGCUGGCACCUGUCAGACAGCAAGAUGAGUGGGACCGCCCUUACAUUGUCCGCUAUAUUGACAUCAUCUCAGACAAAGAAAUCGAGAAGGUCAAGCAGCUGGCAAAACCAAGAUUAAGGCGAGCCACGGUGCAUGACCCCCAAACUGGGAAACUCACUACGGCCCAUUACAGAGUCUCCAAGAGUGCUUGGCUCACUGGCUAUGAAGACCCCAUGAUUGAAAAGAUCAACCAGAGAAUUGAAGAUCUCACAGGGCUGGAAGUGGAUACUGCAGAAGAGCUGCAGGUUGCAAAUUAUGGCGUUGGAGGUCAAUACGAACCUCACUUUGACUUUGGAAGGAAAGAUGAGCCAGAUGCCUUUAAAGAGCUGGGCACUGGGAACCGCAUAGCAACAUGGCUUUUCUAUAUGAGCGAUGUAUCAGCAGGUGGAGCCACAGUAUUCCCAGAUGUUGGUGCAGCAGUUUGGCCCCAAAAGGGUACUGCAGUGUUCUGGUACAAUUUGUUUGCUAGCGGGGAGGGAGACUACAGCACCCGACAUGCAGCUUGCCCAGUGUUGGUGGGCAACAAGUGGGUAUCAAACAAAUGGAUCCAUGAACGAGGCCAGGAGUGGCGGCGACCUUGUGGCCUAAGUGAAAGUGAAUGAUUGAAAAAGAAAUCUCCUCAUCACCUCCCUGCCCCUCUCUCCCCUUUCUUUUUGACCAAAGAACACUGCUGCGGAUCGCAGAUGAUACAUACAGAUACAUGGGGUCCAAAUGGCCCACUCCCUCUCUACAAGCACUCCUGUUUCUCCCAGCUGUUAUUCUCUGAGCCCAGAGAUUGUUUGGAUUAAUGUCGAGCCCCUGGACAGUAUUAGCAUUGCUGUGACAGAUAACAUGUUCUUAAAGUUGUUGGAUGGUUUUGAGAACACCCAUUCCCUUUUCACUCCCAGCUUCUUUCUUUGCACUCUGUAUGAACUCUAGCUCUGCGGUGAGGUUAUCCGUCACUAGUGACUGAAGGGACCAGCUUCCUCGCUGUCAUUUUGAACCUUUAAGGGACAGUUUCCAUUUUAAGAGGCCUGUUUGAUUCAUUGUAUUCCUUUCAUUUCAUUAAGAGAGCACUUGGACCUCUGGUUUUUGAGACAAUGAAAAGAUUUUUAAAAAACAUUUAAAAAAAAAAAUGAAAAUUCAACUCUGCUUCCAAUACCUUAGCAUUAAAAUCCAAAGUAAGUGCUAUGUGGAGGGAAUAAAAGGAUUCACGGCACAUAAGAAAAUGGUCAAAAAAUGGAAAAUCUGACCAUAGUCCAGAGUAGUAUUUUUGGUUAAAAAAUACUUUAUUUCCUGUAAGUUGUGUAACUAAUCAAAACAGAUUUAAGUUGCCUGGCUACGUCUAGAUCUAUGCAGUACAUCAUCACAUAUCACACACCUUGUUGGGCUGCCUCAAAGCCAUAGUGUUUUUUCUAACUCCUUUGAAUGAUCACACUUGGACAUAUUGCUGGAUUUGUUGUACUUGAACAUACGGUUUGUACAAAUGCAUGGACACACUUACACCAGGAUACAGACACAGUUACAUACAUCCGACACGCUGCAUAGAAUUUAGUGUUGUAUGACACAAGUUUAAGUUGGUAUUUGUUCAUCCUGAUAGACCCAGUGUUGUGUAAGGACCUUCAAAACAGCAGAACAUGAACACCGGGGAAUGGAGGAGUGGACUGGAUACUAUACAUUGUGCCAUAACAGGUUUAAAUACCUUGUCUUUUAAAGAGUGAUUGAUUCUCUUAGGUUUGUAACAGUGCCCGUGGUGACCAGUGCUUUUGAGUGUGAGAAUAUGGGUUUUUCAAGGAAGAAGCAUUUAUUUAUAUGUCCCAAGCCUAUUUUGUGUUGUUGUUGUUUUUUUGUUUUUUUUUGUUUUUUUGUCUCAAAUGAAAGUCUGAAAUUGUUUGGUCUUUUUUUCUACAAUAAAGACUGUUUUAUUGAUCUC